AUCGAGCCGUUUGGCACACUUUACGGCCAAAACUUUAAAUUUAGCGCGUGGUCUAAUCCCCCAAGUCACUCAAACGUCAAAGUGAAGAAAAACAAAGAACGCACUUAAUUUGCCAAAACAGUUAAAGAUCGCAGUUUAAUUCAGUUGGUGCAUCAUGGGGGCUGUCUUAGGCCUGUGCUCAGCUGCCCAGCUGGCCUGCUGCUGCGGGAGCACUGCUUGCUCCCUAUGCUGCUCAGCAUGUCCCUCUUGUCGCAACUCGACGUCGUCCCGGAUCAUGUACGCUCUGAUGCUGCUCCUGGGGACUAUAACCGCCUGCAUUAUGCUAGCCCCCGGUUUGCAGGACCUCCUGCGAAAAGUGCCGUUUUGUACAAACAGCACGAACAACUAUCUCCCGAAUUCCGUCUCGAUUAAUUGCGACCAUGCCGUGGGCUAUCUUGCAGUUUACCGAAUUUGUUUCGUUUUAACUUGUUUCUUUGUCCUAAUGGCCGUCAUGAUGAUUCGGGUGAAGUCGUCCCGCGACCCGAGAAGUGGCAUCCAGAACGGUUUUUGGGGGCUGAAGUAUUUGCUGGUCAUUGGUGGGAUAAUCGGGGCGUUUUUCAUCCCCGAAGGGUCGUUUGGGGAGACUUGGAUGUAUUUUGGGAUGAUUGGGGGCUUUCUGUUUAUUUUGAUUCAGUUGAUUUUGAUUAUUGAUUUUGCGCAUUCGUGGGCCGAGGCUUGGGUCGGUAAUUACGAGGAGACCGAAUCCAAGGGGUGGUACUUUGCCCUCCUUGCGAUCACGUUCCUUAAUUACGCCUUGACCAUCACUGGAAUCGUUCUCCUGUUUGUGUUUUUCACAAAAUCUGAUGGUUGUGACCUGAACAAAUUCUUUAUUUCCUUCAAUUUGAUUUUGUCGGUUAUUGUAAGUGCGAUAUCGAUUUUGCCGGCGGUUCAGGAUAAGUUGCCACGGUCAGGUCUUCUCCAGUCGUCAGUUGUCUCGCUUUAUGUAACUUAUUUGACUUGGUCAGCAGUUGCAAAUUCGCCAGAAUCUAGUUGCAAUCCUGGUCUUUUGGGUAUUGUGGGUGCUGGUAGUACGAAAAAAGACAAUGAGAUGACUUUUGAUGGUGAGGGAAUCGUCGGUUUGAUCGUUUGGAUGUGUUGCGUAUUGUAUUCCUCUCUACGUUCUGCCAGCCAAUCGUCAAAAAUUACAAUGUCAGAGAAUAUGCUGGUUAAAGACAACGGAGCCGUUAGGGGCAGCGGCUCGGACAACCUCGUUGAAAACGAAGGCUAUAUCCCUAUCGCAGGUAGAGAUGACGGGGACGGGGGUGAAAAGGGCGAGAAGAAGGUGUGGGAUAACGAGGAAGAAUCGGUUGCUUAUUCGUGGAGUUUCUUCCACAUUAUGUUCGCUUUAGCCACACUGUAUGUCAUGAUGACUCUGACCAACUGGUACAAGCCAAACUCCAGCUUGAGUAAAGCCAACUCGGCUUCAAUGUGGAUCAAGAUGAUUUCGAGCUGGUUGUGUGUGAUCUUAUAUGGGUGGACUCUGGUCGCUCCCAUCGUCUUACGAGACCGCGAAUUUAAUUAAUCCUUGUAUUUGAUGAUUCUUUCUUGUGAUAUUAAGCGAGUUUGAUUUUCUAUAAUUAAUUACACAUAUUUAGCUAGUGUUGAGAUCGUAGAAACUUGUAUUUAUGAAAUAUCGUAUCUUUGUAUAGUCUUUUUUAAAUAUAUGUUUUGUGUUCAA